AUGUCGCUCGCCACCGAAGAACCAAUCCCGGACGGCGGCGCCAAGAAGCGAAUCAUUUUAUGCUGCGACGGCACCUGGUUCGACAGCGAUGACGGCUUCAACAAGGCCUCGCGCAAGAAUGAGGCUACUUUGCAAGUGGCUUCCAACGUCACUCGAAUCUCGCGCUGCCUCAAGCGCCGAUGCAGCGACGGCACUCUACAGAUCAUCAACUACGAGUCGGGCGUCGGCACUGGCAGCAACACCCUCGACACUCUCACCGGAGGUGCCUUUGGUUUGGGCCUGACACAGCGUGUCCGUGAGGCGUAUGCCUUUCUCUGCGCCAACUAUGCGGACGACGACGAAAUUAUACUCAUUGGAUGGUCUCGCGGCGCCUUCACCGUACGAUCUGUCGCUGGCAUGAUCGGCAAGCUGGGUUUGCUGACCCGCGAAGGCAUGGAAUCCUUUGUUCCCGUCUUUAAGGACAUGCAGCACUGGAAGGACGCCGCGUACCAGGACCCCUUCCCCAAGACGCCCUUUGAGGACAAGCCCACAGGCAACGGCGCCGCAGAUGCGUACCGCGGAAGGUUGGAGACGCUGGGCCUCACGCGGGUCACGCAAGCAAACGGCGAGCUCAUCAAGGUGAAGGCUAUCGGCGUCUGGGAUACUGUGGGCAGUCUGGGCAUCCCCAGAAUCGGCUGGCUCGACGCGCUCGGCAUCCGAGCCGCCAACAACGAAUAA